UUUAAUGCAGGAUCUGUUCGAGGGCAUAAAUCUCUCCGCGAAUCACUCCAUUCCUAGGAUAGAAUCCGCAGCUGACUUAGGAAUAUGACAUUCCUAUAAAUUACAGUCUCAACUUCUCUUUUCUCCUCACCGUUCUUUUUCAUUUUAACAGGCAUGGAGUUCAACCUUCGAUGUUCAGAAUCUAUGCCCGACUUCUCCAGGAUCGGAAUGAUAAACGAAGAUGUUCCAAAUGAGCCAAACAGGCAACCUCCUCCACCUCACGGCUUCUUCAGAUCUCAGAUCCGAGCUCCAUGUGCUUUGAUCAGGGAUCUCCCCAUUAGAGACCAAGGAACAGCGAUGGCAUUCAUAGAGGCACUCGCGCUUCAACAUCGGAAGCUUACAUUGGAAAAGAGGAGACUCCAGAAGAGAAUUAACCGGAUGCAACGCAGGCUUACUACGGUAUCAAGAGAUCUCCACAUCCUUGAAUCUCACCCCGGAGAAUGGAUAGAACUCGGAAUCUCUGACUUCGCUCGAAUUCCAGACUGCAUGUUGUCAAUCCUUGACCUUGCUGGCCAAGGAGUCGAAGUGUUUUGCUCGUCAACAAGAUCUCCAUAAUCCGAAGUGUACGAUGAGGGAUAUUUUGCCUUAUUUGCUUGAAUAAACGCUCUUUUUCCAAUUUCUUGUAUGUUCGCAUAGC